GGGUGGGUCUUUAUGCAUGCUGAAAUGUGUUGCUCCUGCACAGGAGGCCUUGUAGUGUUCUUACGUUACUCAGGAGAAGCCAGGCAGAUCAACAGUGGCUCCAGGUUAACCAAUUUUCCGACUCACCCUCAGAUGAUAUAGGCCUGUCUGCAUCUGUCCUGCAACAAUGGUUGUUCCCGAAUCCCAGGACACAAUGUACUACCCUCCUAGUGACUUGCAGAAGGAUGCUCAUGUGGCUGAUUUUAGCUCGUAUCUGGCAUUAUACAGGAAGUCUCUUGAGAAUCCAGAAGCCUUCUGGAAGGAGAUUGCUGAUAAGUUUUUUUGGAAGAAGCCAGCCACCGGACCAGUUCUGCAGUACAACUUUGAUGUGAAACAGGGGAGCAUAUAUGUCAAAUGCAUGGAUGGAGCCAAGACCAACAUGUGCUACAAUGUCUUGGACAGGCAUGUGAUGGAGGGGAACCUCGGUGAAAAGGUUGCCUAUUAUUGGGAAGGAAACUCACCUGACCAUCACAUGACCAUCACGUACCGCCAGCUGCUGAGCCAGGUCUGCCGCUGCGCCAAUGUGCUCAAGCAAAUGGGUGUGAAGAAGGGAGACCGGGUGUCCAUCUACCUGCCCAUGAUCCCGGAGCUCGUCUACACCAUGCUGGCCUGUGCCAGGAUAGGAGCCAUCCACUCAGUUGUGUUCGCAGGUUUCUCCUCCGAGUCUCUGUGUGAGAGGAUCAUGGAUGCACAGAGCUGCGUACUGGUGACGGCAGAUGGUGUUUACAGAGGAGAGAAGCUGAUCAACCUGAAGCAGAUUGCAGACGAGGCUCUGGAGAAGUGCAGGGAAAAUGCGUCGUCUAGUGUCACCAAAUGCCUCGUCAUCAAGCACCACGCACUGAGGACGAAAAGCGGAGCUACAUGCAAUAAACUACAGACCCCCUGGGACUCGGAGUGUGACAUCUGGUGGGAUGAGGUGAUGAGAGACUCACCUGAAGAGUGUGAACCUGAGUGGCUGGACGCUGAGGACCCGCUGUUCAUCCUCUACACCAGCGGCUCCACUGGCAAACCCAAGGGCGUCCUCCACACCAUUGCUGGAUAUCUGCUCUACACGUCGCUGACCUUCAAGUACGUUUUCGACCAUCACCACGACGACGUCUACUGGUGCACAGCCGACAUCGGCUGGAUCACCGGCCACUCCUACAUCACCUACGGCCCCCUCGCCAACGGUGCCACAAGUGUUCUGUUUGAAGGAAUCCCAGUCCACCCUCACGUCGGUCGCUUCUGGGAGAUAAUUGAAAAGUAUAAAGUGACCAAGUUCUACACAGCUCCCACGGCCAUCCGCCUGCUGAUGAAGUACGGACGGGAACCGCUGCAGAAGUACGACCUCUCCAGCCUGAGGAUUCUGGGAACUGUGGGCGAGCCGAUCAAUCCGGAGGCGUGGCAGUGGUACCACGGGGUGGUCGGUCAGGGCAGGUGUCCCGUGGUCGACACUUUCUGGCAGACAGAGACGGGAGGUCAUGUCUUGACUCCUCUACCUGCAGCCACGCCGCUGAAACCAGGCUCCGCUACCUUUCCUUUCUUUGGAGUGGAGCCGACGAUCCUCAACGAGCACGGAGAGGAACUGGAAGGAGAGGCCGAGGGUUAUCUGGUGUUCAGGCGGCCCUGGCCAGGAAUAAUGCGCACCGUGUUCCAAAACCACGAGCGUUUCGAGAACACCUACUUCAAGAAGUUUCCAGGCUUUUAUGUGACUGGUGACGGCUGCAGGCGGGAUAAAGACGGCUAUUACUGGAUCACAGGGAGAAUAGACGACAUGCUGAAUGUGUCAGGACACCUGAUGAGCACAGCGGAGGUGGAGGCGGCUCUGACGGUGCACCAGGCUGUGGCCGAGGCUGCAGUGGUGAGUCGUCCUCACAAGGUGAAGGGAGAGUGUCUCUACUGCUUUGUCACGCUAAAACACAGCAGGGAGUUCAACCGCACGCUGGUGGACGAGCUCAAGAGACUGGUGAGAGAAAGAAUCGGACCAAUCGCCACACCGGACUUCAUUCAAAACGCCCCGGCGCUCCCUAAAACCCGCUCAGGUAAGAUCAUGAGGCGAAUCCUGCGGCAGAUCGCCCGUAACGAGAAGGACAUGGGCGACCUCUCCACGCUGGCCGACCCCAAGGUGGUGGAGGUGCUGUUCAGCCACAGAUGCGAAGCCGCGCCCUGAACAAAACCUCCUUCGUCUCUACAUCUCUUUUCUAAUAUAUGCAACACAUAUGCAGACAAUCACACAACUGUUAAUUCUGGAUCAGCAUCUGACUGAUUGUUGGGCAUUCUUUGACAGGGCUGGGAUCAGAAAAACAUAAUGCAGCUGAGGCGUCUAGGUUACGGUUUUUAUCGUGUGUGAAGGGAACUAAAAUAGAAGGUAGCGAUAAUAUUUGUGUACAUGUUCUGAUAUGAGGCUGCUGGUGGUUUGCGUUUGGGCCAAAAAACGUCACACACAUGCAUGGAGGAAGAAGUGAGUGUUUCUUGAUGAAUAUAGAUGAUGAUGAUGUGAUAUGUAUGAUGUAUAUUUUAAAUCGGUUAUAUGUUUUCAUGACCUGAGAAUAAAUUGUGUUGAAUCCU